AUGUCGUACCGCACAACAACCCUCCCCUCUCACAUCCGGCCUUCCUCGGGCCUAGCGACCAGCAACCAGUCAUCCAGCAGCACGCAGUCCUCCGCCCUCCAAGCGCGCAUCAAUGAGAAGAAAGCCGAGCUCGAAUCGCUGAAACAACUACGAGACUUGAGCGCCGGACUGGCAGGGCAGAUGCAACAACUAGAGGAGAAGCUGGCGACAUUGAGCAAUGGAACGGAAGCAGUAGCAGAGGUAUUGAGCAAUUGGAAUGGCGUAUUGAGGGCGGUGUAUAUGGCCAGUGCCAAAAUGCCAAAGCUGAAAGACGAAGGAGCAGAAGGGGAGGAGCAAGAAGCAAAGCCUGAGCUGCCGCAGACGCUGGUACGGAUACCAGUCCAUCAAGCAGAGGCAGCGCAGAGGGAGGCGGAAGCUGCAGCGGAGGCGGCUGGCGAAUGA